GGGCUCAACUCUCCCACAGCAAAAACCUCAUCAGGUACUGCCUUCACAUUCCUCACAAAAUUGCCUACAUGCAUUAAUUGCUCGAUCGCUCUCCUAAUUAUUCUGUUAUUUCUUCAUUUUCCAGACCUUUCACUCUGAUUUGGCGUUGCACGUUCGGACCCUAAUCUAGGUUGGUUCGAAAGUAUUGUAUUAGAAGUGUCAAUAUCUUUAUAUCUUAGAGCUAGCUGCCUUCUGCAAUAUCGGCAAUGGACAGAGUCUCAAACAUGACAUCAGAGAGGCCCGUGGUGAUCUUCAGUAGGAGCUCCUGCUGCAUGUGCCACACCAUCAAGACGCUCUUCAUCACCGAGUUUGGGGUGAACGCCGCAGUCCACGAGGUGGAUGAGAUCCCGAGAGGGAGGGAGAUCGAGCAAGCUCUUCUCAGGCUUGGGUGUAACCCGACCGUGCCGGCGGUGUUCAUCGGCGGUGAACUAGUGGGUGGAACCAACGAGGUGAUGAGCCUCCAUCUCAAGCGCUCCUUAAAACCAAUGCUCCAGCGCGCUGGAGCAAUCUGGGUUUAAUGCAUAAACCACUAACCUAAUUAGUAUCAGGCACGCCUUAAUAAAUGUUUUGAGUUUAACAUAUAUAUAAACACAUAUUAUAUAUAUAUGUAUGUGUAUUAAACUAUAUAUAGAGCUAAUGACUACAGUACUCUUGCUAAUUCUAUAUAUACUACGUGUAUUUUAGCUUUUUUGUAAGGUGUACCAUUUCGCUUUUGCUAAUAAAAGUUGCAAUUUUGCAUCAA